GUCAUGUUUCUCUGCCUAAUACACCUGAAUCUGCCUUCACAUCACAGUCAUGUUUCUCUGCCUAAUACACCUGAAUCUGCCUUCACAUCACAGUCAGGGUUUUGUAACUGGAAAAGGGCACGGUUUAAAGAUUCUGGGUUUAAGCUCCAUUCAAAGGCAGAGCAUCAUAUCAAUGCUAUGUAUGCUUGGAAUCAGCAUUAAAGGGCUAUUGACAGCAACUCAUCAAUGUUAGAUGUCAGAAAUGGCGAGCGGAAAAAGAAAGUGGAGGAAAACUGUAUAUUACAUUAUAACAGUUGUUCUCCUAUUAACUGCCACUCAAAAUAUUGUGCAGAGAGGUCAUCGGGAGUCUGAUGAGCAGAGAGGUCAUCGGGAGUCUGAUGAGCAGAGAGGUCAUCGGGAGUCUGAUGAGCAGAGAGGUCAUCGGGAGUCUGAUGAGCAGAGAGGUCAUCGGGAGUCUGAUGAGCAGAGAGGUCAUCGGAAGUCUGAUGAGCAGAGAGGUCAUCGGGAGUCUGAUGAGCAGAGAGGUCAUCGGGAGUCUGAUGAGCAGAGAGGUCAUCGGGAGUCUGAUGAGCAGAGAGGUCAUCGGGAGUCUGAUGAGCAGAGAGGUCAUCGGGAGUCUGAUGAGCAGAGAGGUCAUCGGGAGUCUGAUGAGCAGAGAGGUCAUCGGGAGUCUGAUGAGCAGAGAGGUCAUCGGGAGUCUGAUGAGCAGAGAGGUCAUCGGGAGUCUGAUGAGCAGAGAGGUCAUCGGGAGUCUGAUGAGCAGAGAGGUCAUCGGGAGUCUGAUGAGCAGAGAGGUCAUCGGGAGUCUGAUGAGCAGAGAGGUCAUCGGGAGUCUGAUGAGCAGAGAGGUCAUCGGGAGUCUGAUGAGCAGAGAGGUCAUCGGGAGUCUGAUGAGCAGAGAGGUCAUCGGGAGUCUGAUGAGCAGAGAGGUCAUCGGGAGUCUGAUGAGCAGAGAGGUCAUCGGGAGUCUGAUGAGCAGAGAGGUCAUCGGGAGUCUGAUGAGCAGAGAGGUCAUCGGGAGUCUGAUGAGCAGAGAGGUCAUCGGGAGUCUGAUGAGCAGAGAGGUCAGAAAGUAAAAGAAAGGGAAGUUUUUAGUCUAAUUGAGAUGAAACCAAAGAUUUAAAGAAAAAAUAACAAAUGUCUUUUAGUUGAGGUACUAUUACAACGAGGCCAUCCACGAAAUGUUUUUUACACUUUCAGUCAGCUGAAAGCUUAGAUGCAGCAGGUCUCACACAAAUUAUAAUCGAUUGCCUUGAAAAACAUGUUCUGGACUACAGAAAUAAUCUUGUGCGGCAAGGCUAUGACACUGCAUCCGUCAUGAGCAGAAAACAUUCUGGUGUGUCUGCACGGAUUGAAAACAGUGCAAGAUUUGCAUUUUACGUGCACCGUAAUGCACAUUGUUUGAAUUUAGUUUUUUUGUCGAGGCUGUAAAAUCAGUGCCUGAGGCAGUUCACUUUUUCUGCUCUCCUGCAGAAGCUUUCUAACUUUGUAUCUGGCUCGUACGUUCAUCUCAAGUGGCUUGCAGUUCAGAAAGAGCUGUAUCCACAGCAGCAGCCCAGGGAAGUACGGAGACUUACGGUGGGCAGGCAGAUACAUGGCAUGCCGUAAUGUGAAGGACAGGCUACCAGCAGUUCUGAGAGUGCUACAGGACAUCACACUUGAAAAUAGUGGUGAUAGAUCAGUGGAGACAAGGGGCCUUCUUUCUCAGAUAGAUUUACAUCUCAUAGGGCUUUUAGUUACCUUUUGUAAAGUGCUUGGUGAUGCCAAAUGUCUCUCUGACAUGCUCCAAUCAAGCUCUCUUGACCUAGCAAGGGCUGUGGCUCUCGUAGGUGCCCUUACAGACACAUUACAGGACUACAGAAGUGAGGGUUACUAUGGAAAGAGGUUGAAGAGAUGGCAGAGCUCUGUGAAAUAAGUGUACAAAAAGUGUGUAAAAGACAGCCUAAAACAAGCUUUUUUUAAAACAAGAUUUCACAACUCAUUGAUGAUGAGCACUGGGGGACAGAAAAAUAGUGACCAACGGGAUGGUGAGAGCUUCCAAAGAGCUAUCUUUUAUCGGGUGCUUGACGGUCUCACAGCUGAGCUGCUGAGGCGUUUUUCAAAGAAUAAAUGCGAGAUAAGGGGUCCAGUCUCUCAACCCAAACAGUACAACAUUCCUUAAUGAGGAGCCUCUGUUUGCCUUCACUCAGACCUUUGAGUCAGAUUUAGAGGACCUCAAACAUGAGGUUCAUCAAACCAGGCGGCUUCUUGAUAGGAGAGAGAACAGUGGAAGGGACAGACCGUCUACUCUCCUUGACUUUGUUGUGUUUCUAGAACCUUAUAAAGAUGUCUUCCUAUUUCCACUUUGUAAGAUUUCUGUUGUUACACCAAUCAGCAGUGCUUCUUGUGGGAGGAGCUUAUCAGCCUUAAAACGGAUUAAAACCCACCUGAGGACAACCAUGGUUGACGACAGGUUAAGUCACCUCUGAAUCCUCAGUGUUGAGUGAAGGAGGACAGACUCUCUCAACAUGGAUGAGGUUGUGAAACAUUUAGCCAGUUCUCACCAGAACUGCAGAAUAUUGUUGUUUAAAAUCUAUCUAGGAUAAUUUGGUGCUUAGACGGUCCCUCUGGUCAUGAUUCAAACCUGCACUGUGUACUACCUAGUACACUGACAUUCUAAAAUUAUAAAUCUAAAAGGGUAUCAUGUCAAACAGGUUUAAUGUGGUCUUGAUGAGGCCAAUUCCAAAACUUUUCUUUGCUAUUUUAUUUUUUUAUUUUUUUUAUUUCACCUUUUAUUUAACCAGGUAGGCUCGUUGAGAACAAGUUCUCAUUUGCAACUGCGACCUGGCCAAGAUAAAGCAUAGCAGUGUGAACAGACAACACAGAGUUACACAUGGAGUAAACAAUUAACAAGUCAAUAACAAAAAGAGAGUCUAUAAACAUUGUGUGCAAAAGGCAUGAGGAGGUAGGAGAAUAAUUACAAUUUUUCAGAUUAACACUGGAGUGAUACAUGAUCAGAUGGUCAUGUACAGGUAGAGAUAUUGGUGUGCAAAAGAGCAGAAAAGUAAAUAAAUAAAAACAGUAUGGGGAUGAGGUAGGUAAAAAUGGGUGGGCUAUUUACCGAUAGACUAUUUACAGCUGCAGCGAUCGGUUAGCUGCUCAGAUAGCAGAUGUUUGAAGUUGGUGAGGGAGAUAAGUCUCCAUUAGUUAACAUAAUAUAUAUGAGCAUAAAUAUGAUACUGUAAAUUUGUAAUAUUGAUGGGCAUCAAAAUAAUUUUUCUUUUUCAAGUCCAUUUCUGCUUGAUGCCUGGUAUGUCAAAUUGCAGUGUGGUUUUUUUGUAAAUUUACUUUUUUUUGUAAAUAAACUAUGCAAUUUU